AUAGUGUUCAUAUCCUAGUUUACUUAGCCAUUCUCCUAAUCAUUAAUUUUUCUUUUUCUUUUUUGUAUUUUUACCUUUUAUAAAAAUUCUUGUGGUGGACAUUUUUAUGUAGAAAUAAUUUUUCUUCCGGUAUUUGAGAUUAUUUCUUUAACGUCCCAGAAGACAAUUACUAAAUUAAAGAGUGUGAAAACUGUUAAGGUUCCUGAUGCAGGUUACCAGCUUUGCUCUCCAGAAAGGUAUGGCCAGUUUACAUUCCAACCAGCUACAUAUGAGAGUGUUCACUUCACUUAACCAGCCUUGGGUAUAAUUUUUCUAUCUUUAAGUAUGUGUUGACUGGAAUGGCAAAAUGGCAUUUUAUCUUUGUUACUUAUAAGAAUGAAAGUUUUCCAAAUGUUUGUGCACAGUUAACAUUAUGUCAUUGUUAGGUGCUGUUGAGUUGAUUUCGACUCAUAUCGACCCAAUGUACAGAGUAGAACUGCACUAUAUAUUUUCUUGGCUGUAAUCUGUAUGGGAGCAGAUUACCAAGUCUUUCUCCUACGGAGCCUCUGGGUAGGUUCAAACCGUCAGCCUUUUAGUUACCAGCCAGGUGCUUAACCAUUGUGCAACCAGGGCUCCUUACAGUUAAUAUUAUACAUGAAAGCAAUUCUUUUGUGAAUUGUCCUUGCACAGUAACCUACUGAGGUGUUAAAUUUUUACAAUUAAUUUGUACAAUUUGUUUAAUAAUAAUUGCCAGGGACUCCUCCCAUUAUUUUGCCUUUUGAGUUAUUUUUAUAUACAGAAGCCUUUUGUUAGUCAAAUGUGAUUUUCUUUUGUAACGUUUUUUUGCCUUUUUAAAACUUGUACAGCCCAUCCUCCUGUAGAGUGCAGACCUUGCUUUACAGAGAGUUCAAAGCCAAGCCACAACUGAGCUGCUCAAAUAACAUUUAAAAAUUGCGAAUGAGUAGAACUUAGUGUAAUGACCACCUACUGCAAUGACCUUCUCAGAAGCUCAUUUUUAUUUCUCUUUUUGUAUUCUCGGACCCAGGAUAUUCACUAUUAACUGUCUAGGAAAGAUCCCUCUUGUGCAAAGGUGCUGCCCAGGGCUUCCAGAACUACAAUGGAGGAGGAACCUGGGGAGAAACCUGGUCUGGAUUGGUCCACUGCUCCCAGGGACUUCCAAUUUUAUCACAUGGAUCUGUAUGACUCUGAAGACAGAUUGCAGAUCUUCCCAGAAGGAAACACUAGAAUGAGAAGAGAAGUAGUUCAAGCUGAAAUGACCAAGGAGCCAAGAGCAGCAGCAAAAGGUAGGGCUCAAAGAGAUCUUCAAGAGGAGGUGGAUGAACUUGCUCAUUUAUAUGGACUUGAAGAUGAUCACGAGUUAGGAGAUGAGUUUGUUGGUGAAAACACACUCAGGGCGGGUGUUUCAGAAUACCCUCCUUACGUGAUGAAGAGGAGAGAGUCAGCGAGGGAGCAGAGAGACUGGCGAUUUGGUGGAGAGGCAACCGAGGCCGAGGACCUGAGCUUUGGAGGGUGGGGCUCGAGAGGCCAGUGCCAGGACUUGAGGGAAGCCUAUAGGUACACACGUGGCCGGUCCAGUGAAGAGUAUGAAUGCUAUGUCAUCCCAGAGGAGGAGGAUGAGGAAGAAGCUCCUGACAUCUUUUGUGUCACUUGCAAAACUCCAAUAAGAGCUUGUGAGAAGGUUUUGGAUGAACACAAGGGACAUGAGGUGACUCCACUCGAUAAAGCACUGGAAAACGCCAAGGAUGAAAUUCACAAAAACAUGUUCAAAUUGGAAAGGCAGAUUAUUGAGAUGGAAAAUUUUGCAAGUCAUUUGGAGGAGGUUUUCAUCACUGUGGAGGAGAAUUUUGGAAGACAAGAACAAAACUUUGAGUCACAUUACAAUGAAAUCUUAGAAACACUUGCUCAAAAAUAUGAAGAAAAAAUACAAGCUCUGGGGGAGAAAAAGAAAGAGAAGCUGCAAGCCUUGUAUGGUCAGCUGGUCAGCUGUGGAGAAAAUCUUGAAACCUGUAAAGAACUGAUGGAAACGGUAGAGGAGAUGUGUCAUGAGGAGAAGGUCGAUUUCAUAAAGGAUGCAGUGAUUAUGGCUGACAGACUUGGGAAAUUUCUGAAAACAAAAACAGACGUGGAACUUUCUACCCAGCCUGACUUUGAAGACCAGAACUUGGACUUCUCAGACGUGGAGCAGCUGAUGGAUUCCAUUAACAUCAUCCCAGCUCCUUCUGCACCAGUGAUAAACCCACAGGCCCCAAACUCAGCCACAGGCUCCUCAGUCCGAGUGUGCUGGAGCUUAUACUCUGAUGACACUGUGGAGAGCUACCAGCUGUCCUGCCGGCCAGUGCGAGACGGCUCGCCCCAGGAGGACCAGGCAGCAUUUACAGUGACUGUCAAAGAAACAUAUUGCUCAGUGACAAACCUUGUGCCAAAUACCCAGUAUGAAUUCUGGGUCACAGCUCAGAACAGGGCUGGCACCAGCCCUGCCAGCGAGUGUGCCAUGUACAUGACAGCACCUUCUCCUCCCAUCAUAAAAAUCAAGGAGAUAAGGAGCUGUGAAGAGGCUGCACUGAUUUGCUGGGAAUCUGGGAACCUGAAUCCUGUGGACUCGUACACAGUGGAGCUGACCCAAGCAGAAACACCAGAAGCCUCAGGAGUCACUGAGUCUGUCGUGGGCAUCCCCACCUGCGAGUCCCUGGUGCAGCUGCAGCCCAGGCAGAGCUACACGAUCUACGUGAGAGCCCUCAACGUGGGAGGCCCCAGUGCGAGGAGCAAGCCUGCUGUAGUCCAUACCACAGGCAGCUACUUUCACCUAAACAAGGACACCUGCCAUCCCUGGCUGACCAUUUCUGAAGAUGGAUACACAGUUGUACGAAGCGAAAGGAAAGCCGCAGCAAGGGAACAGCUACCCAGCAACACCCAGUUUACCAGGUGUGUUGCUGUCAUGGGAAAUCUAAUUCCAGUCCAAGGGCGCCAUUACUGGGAGGUCGAGGUGGACGAUUGUUUGGACUACAGUGUUGGUGUGGCCUUUGAAGAUGUCCCUAAACAGGAGGACCUGGGUGCAAACUGCCACUCCUGGUGCAUGAGGCAUACAUGUGCAUCAUCAAGGCAUAAGUAUGAAUUUCUGCACAACAAGAUGACUCCAGAUAUAAGAGUAACAGUUGCCCCAAGGAAGAUUGGUGUUCUAUUAGACUAUGAAAAUUCAAAACUGUCAUUUUUCAACGUGGACAUUUCUCAGCAUCUAUACACAUUCAGUUGUCAGCUUCACCGAUUUGUGCAUCCCUGCUUUUCUUUGGAAAAGCCUGGGUGUCUAAAGAUCCAUAAUGGCAUUUCAAUGCCACUGCAUGUCGCUGACUAUUAGACCAUUCUUAUGCCCA